AUGUUACAAUCACGACUCGGUGCCUAUCAGACGGCAACUCGCGAGAUUCUCAACGCCAUCAAAGCGCAGCCCGAAAAAAAGGAACAGCUCUUUCCCAUGGCCAAGGACAUGCGCGCAGCAGCCAAGCAAAUUGAGGCAUUACUCGCCAGUCCAGAUCCCAUAGCUCCCAGCGCUGUGCCUGGUCCACCUCCGGUAUGGCAAAAGGACACCGCCCCACCGGCUCGUCAAACAGAGCAGGUGCAGCGGUCAGCGCCCCCCGCAGACCUCAUCUCCUUUGAGGACACUGCCGCUCAACCCGUUACUUCUGCUGCGUCGGCCAAGGCGCACGCCACUGCCCAGCCGGAGCCACAUCAGAAUGCCUUGCUUGAUGAUACGGCUGCGCUUUUGUCCAAGAACGCAGCCCUGCUGGCAGCCUUUGAUGACGACGUUGACGACGACGAGUACAAUGAAGACUCUGAUGAACAAGCGUCGCAGGACGAUGGACAUCAUGGCAAUCCUGCCGGGGGCAAUGAGGACGUGGACGAUGAUGAUGAUGACAUUGAUCUAGGGGAGCUCGAGGGUCUUGACUCCGAAGACGACGAGGAGCUGAUUGAUACCGGUCGUGACGCUGCACCGCAAGGAGGCACAAGCUCUCAAUUUGCUGCGGCCCUCGAUGAUGCUGCAGCAUCGGGUCGCGCUGCCAUGCAUCAGAGUCAAACCACUUCAUCCUCUCGGUCUCUACAGUCUGCCAGCUCAUCGGAUUCGGAACGAGCAUCACCAAUGGCCAAGAAAACUGCGUCUGGCGGCAGGCUACAGCCGCGCUCGUCUGUUCCGGUGGCACGAGCCGAACCAGCGACCUCUCUUCCGCAGUCACACGCCCACAUUUUGGCAGAGGUCAAUGCGCGUCGCGCCGCCUGGGAAGAGGCGGCGCGCGCCUUCUUGCUCAUCAACCAAGAAAAAUCGGCCAAAGAAUGCUUGCAGAUGACCAUGCAGUUGGAGCGCGUCAUUGCGACGCUCGAGGCCGGUCAGCUCACGCCCGCCAUGGGUGCGCUCAUGGCCAAGCCCAUCCCAGCCGUUAAAGCCGCUCAAUCAAAUCCACACGAAGAGGUCUUUCAGCGUCUGUUUUCUGCCUUUGAUAAUCAGAUUCAAGAGGCUUCAGAUCUGGCCACGCUGUAUCACAACGUGGGCGAGCUACCCAGUGAGCAGAAGCUCGAGAUUUUCAUACAGCGUAUGAAGCAGGAGCGCGACCUCUUGGCCAAGGCGCAUCAGCAAGGCCAGGCUCCACCGCCCACCCUGCAGAAAGAGUUUACUUUUCAUGUUCCCGAGACAAAUUUCGACGUACAGCCAGAUCACAUGCACCUUCACAUCAAGCGCCUGAUUGGAUUGGUGCCACCACGAGGCGUGGCUGAAAAGGACUUGGUUGUUUACGUCAAAGCCGCAAUGGACUUUCCAGAGAGUGGCCAGCCUCAGGUCGUUUAUACGAGCAAGGCCUCGGGCUCCGUCUCGCCAGAAUUCUCCGAGUCCAAACCUCUAAAGUUGGAUAUUGUUCCUGGCAAACAGCUCUUUCGCUACCUCAAACGUGGCGCCUUGGUGGUGGAGGCCUAUCAUAGCAAAGGGCUUUUGUCCAUCUUUUCCAAAGAUUCCGAGUUGGCGCGAUGCAAAAUCCCACUUCAGGACUUGCAGCAAAAGGCCACGUUGCACACUUGUGUGGAAAUGAAAACAGCAGCCCGCGGCCAUAGCUGCCGGGUUGAGGUUGAGAUUCGGCUGCGCAUGCCCGCGGCAGGAGCCACCAAGACGAGUCGGGUUUUUUCAUGGGUGCGGUUUGAUACGGGCAAAACAGCGUCUGCCGUUGAUCAGAGGCUGACACAGAUUGAGGAGCAUAACAAACAAACAGCGCAACGUCAGGCGGCCCGGGCCCACAAAGCGGUGCUGCCGGGUAUCAACGAGAUUUACUGUCUAAGUGUUCUUAAGCUGAUAGUCGACCGCAUCGGCGAUUCCCUUAAACAGUUUGACCUGAAACCUGGUCACAUCCCUGAGGCAGCGCGGCGGCCGCUGUUGCUCCGCAAGCAAGCGUCGCAGCGCUACAAGCAGCUCCAUGCCACCUGUUUCCGGGACGGCACGACCCGACAGCAAUACAUUCAACGCAUCAAAGCUGAAGCUCGCGUGUAUCAUGAACUCAUUGCGAGCGAAUCCAACGUUGCAGCCGAGGCCCAAGCACGUUUGCAAGUCUUGCAAGCCGAACUGGCCAAGCUGACUCCUGAUACUGCGCCCGCAGCACCGCGAUCUGUCGCUUCCCGUAUGGAAGGGCCAACGCAGGGCUCUCAGGCAUCGCAAGAUGGUGCAGAUGGCCAACUCGCGCCGUAUCAGGCAGCUUUAACGAGUAUGCAAGCAACCACUCUGCCGCCCGAAGUUCAGGCGCUGAGCAAGAAACGCAUCGCAACGUUGAAGCGCAUGAAGGAGGUCGAGGCCCACAUUGCUUCCGCCACCGAUCCCAUUACCGCGAUGCGAGGGUAUGCGGAACAACUCAAGCGUGACGUGCGGGACUACAUCCCACGAGCGCAAGCCCUCUUGAAGAGUGAAACCCACAAGGCAUCGGGGCAGCGGCUCGUGAGCUACAUCAAGUUGAUGAAGGCAGAGGACUGUAUCGCAACCACUCCCCCUCUCCCACCCCCUACUGGCCUCCACUUGUUCUUCUGUCGCACGGGCCACAAUUCUCUCUCUCUGCUCUCUCUUCUCUCUCUUCUCUCUCUUCUCUCUUGCUUCGCGCUCUUUGUGCGAGUGCACAAUGCAUUGUUGCUGGCCAGCAUCUCGCACGUCGCGGCAAACGCAAACUGCCCCGAAGGCCAAAUCUCAGUCUUCAAGUGCACAGCCUGCUCCGCUGGCAAAUAUCAUUCCCACGAUGGUCUCUCCGGUUGGGACAUUCUGUGGUACAACUCUUGUACCAACUGCCCGGCCGGGAAAGCUCAGCCCAGCACUGGAGCAAAGGAAUGCUUUGACUGCGAAGCUGGCAAGAUUAGCGCUGGUGGUGCCACAAGCUGCACGGAAUGUGUUGCAGGCAAGUACGCCACCGGUGAUGCCCAACAGUGCUUGGCAUGUCCCGCCAACACCUACUCCACUGGCGGCACGGCUACCUGUGCCCUCUGUCCGGCCGGCAAGACCAUUCGUGAUACCCAGGAUGGUUGUGAGAGCUGCCCUGCUGGCACCCAUGCUGCCUCCAGUGGUGGGACCUGCGUGCCCUGUGCCGCAGGUACCUAUUCAGCAGCUGGUGCCACCACCUGUACACCCUGUGCCAAGGGAUCCUACACUGCCCAACAAGGCAGUAGUGGUUGUGAGCUUUGCCCCGUGGGCAAAGCCGGUGGUGACGGCAUCAACUGUGCCACUUGUGCGGACGGUUUUGUUGCCCCCGAGGUGGGCCUGGAAACAUGCCUGGCCUGUGAGGCUGGGACCUCUUCGCAAAAUGGUGCUGGGAUCACCUGCUCUGCUUGUGAAGCUGGCAAGUAUGCCCCUGCUGGCUCUGCUACCUGCACCGAAUGCACAGCGGGCACCGUCCAACCCUUGCCAGGCCAAGGCAGCUGUGUGGCCUGCGCGGCUGGCAAAUACCAAGUCUACAAGGGCCAGUCUGCUUGCAACAAGCCGCGCGACUGUACCAAAGGCUAUUACAUUGCAGAAGACGUGACAACCAUCUCCAACCGUGUGUGCGAUCCCUGCCCAGCUCAAUACGAAACUACAGCCAUCAACAGCGCCAGCUGCACUCCAUGCAACGAGGGGUUUGAAACCUCACCAGAAGGUGGCCAGGAAUGCCGUGCCAUCGAAGUGCCUCUUGAGUGCAAUCCGGGUGCCUACUUGUCUCUCACUCCCGAACCUCUCUGCAAGAAUUGCACCGAGGGAACCUAUUCGACGGCCGUAAACGCGGCCUCCUGCCAAGCCUGGACCAUCUGCAACCCCGGGCAACAGGUCAAGUCAACAGCCCCAGGGUCCUCAGUAGCCGAUCGGGAGUGCGUGGAGUGCCCGAGAGGUACCUUCUCGAAUGUCACCAACACAGAAGGCUGUUACCCUUGCACUGUAACCCGCAAUGAAUACCAAGACUCGACGGGUGCUCAGGCGUGCAAGCCUGGGACCAUCUGUCAACCAGGCCAGUUUGUUUUAAGCGAACUCAGCCCUCAGCAGAAUCGUGUUUGUCGCACCUGUGCUCCGGGUGAAUUCAGUGACUCGAUCAACGCAGUCUCGUGCCAGAGCAUUCGCACCUGCAGUCCAGGGCAAUAUGUUCAGACGGCGGCAACCCCUACCACCGAUGCCGUCUGCCAAGCAUGUAGUAGCGGCAAAUACUCGACAACGGCGAAUGCCCUUUCUUGCAAGAGUCACACCUCCUGCGCUGCCGGUGCAAUUGAGGUGCAAGCGCCCAACGAUGUCUCGGACCGCGAGUGCCAGACUUGUGUUCAAGGCGUGACGUUUGCCGACAAGGCAUUGAACGAGUGCGUAGCCGUGACAGAGUGCAAGGCUGGUGAAGAGGAAAUUGUUGGACCUUUGGCUUCCCGAGACCGGACAUGCGCGCCUUGUGCCUCUGGCUUCUUCAAGAGCAACCCAGGCUCCGACUCCGCUUGCACGGCGGCUACAGAAUGUCUCCCAUUGGAAGUCGAAGUGGCUAUGCCAACAGCGACCAGCAAUCGCCAGUGCGCCGAGCGCAACUAUUGCAUUGAUGGUGCUUUGGAUAAUUCGACAACAAGUUGUGCGUGUCCCUGGAGCGAGUGCAGCUUUUGCCAGCUGCAGAACGGACGCAGCGAUGUUUUACUGGCUCGAGUGGAGCAAGACCCACCAAGCUUGACGGUCCGCGCUUGCCAGCUGGUUCCUGAUCCCGGCAGCGAUGUUGUGGCUCAAUGCCGGGACCAAUGCUUUGACGUGUCGGGCUGUGACAGCUUUCUGGUCUAUAACAACGGUGAUUGCUGCUUGCGUCAGUCGCCUGACCUCACCCGAUUUGGCAAGAGCGUUGAGGGCGCCAACUUCUACCAACUGGGCACGUGCUCCAAUUGUCGCACGGGCUACAUUGUCGGCGCCGAUGACCGCAGCUGCGAGCUAGAUCCCACCACGGGCGUCCUGUACCUCAACCAGUCGCUCGAGUCGGAUGAAACGGCCAUCUUCUCCCUGCGUGUGACGGAUGACCAACCUUCGUGCAUGUACUUGGAGCAGGGCCAAGUGGUCAUGGCCGAGACGGGUUGCUCGGCUGUGGUUACCAUUACAGUUGCCAUAUUCAACUUUGUCAACGUCCCACAAGACUACAACAGCUAUCUGGACCCAGACGAGACGGAGGUCCGCAUAUCGUGGACGGCCCCUAAAAUGCCCUCCGCGUUUGUGAACCGCGUCAACGUGACCAACAAUCUCGGGGUCUCAUCGCCGUCAUACGAUUUCCCGUUGGGUCUGACAAGAGUGGUCUACACGACCGACAUCCUUGAUGGCAAUGCGAGUUUGACGUGGAGCUUUGAGGUCUAUGUGGAGACGGGCUUUGAACUCACCAUUUCCACGCUAGGAUAUCUGCCCUAUGUCAAUGGCAGCUACGUCUUCAUCAUGGACACUAGCAGCAUUGGUGGUGGUGGUCUAACCGUGCCCCGUUUUGAAGGGACCGUCAUUGGACGCCGCUUUGCAUUGGGAAUCGUCAGCCCCGAGGACCAACCGUUCACCCUGAGCCUUGGGGAUGGCGAUCGAGCUAUGCUUGUCAUUGACCUCACCUGGUGUGCCUCGGGCGGUUACAAUGAAUCACUCCACGUCCCCGCCCCUCUCGAGGCCACGGCUCCAAGUGCGCAAAUGCUCGAUGCGCUCACCUUUUUUGGCGGACUCCUUUUGGCUCUUCCCUAUACCUUGCGUGUUUGCAAUGGUGCUGUCAAUCAGGCCAACGUCAAAGGCCUCGUCAUUUCAGACACAGGGUCUGGUUUUGAGGAGGGCGGUCGAUGCUUUCGUAUGGCCGCACGCUCCGAGCCGGUGUUCGAAUCCAUCUCUUUUGCUUCCAUCAACAUGAUCCUGGACUCAGAGAACCCUCUGCGGCGCCGCCGUGACGAAUCCAUGAGUCUAACACCGCUGGAGGCAACGCUGGGUGUGAGCACGCACAUGUCAAGUCUCCGUUGUCUAACUGCCAUCGCCCGCCACGGUACUAGUCGGCAAUACGUGCCCAUCGCCGGAUCAUCGCUGUAUGUGAUGGUCGAACAACCUAAUGGCCGCACCUCUACUGUGCCCAUGACGCUGGCGGAUACCAUUGCCCCGAGCUUUGGUUCGACCUGCCCCUCGGACAUGCAAGUAGCGCUGCCUUUUGGCACUCUGGAAAUGCCUGUCUUUUGGAACGAGCCCGUUGAGACGGACAAUGUUGCUGUUGAGUCUGUCACGUCCAAUUAUGCACCGGGCGACACGUUCAGCAUUCUCAACUCGCCGUAUGCCAUCAAAUAUACUGUUCGUGACACGAGUGGUCUCAUGGGCACUUGUCGGUUUGCCCUUGCCUUGACUUAUGAGGCCAACGCCGUCGAGGUGACGGCGACCAUGACGUAUGCAUCCAACUUGGAGAGCCGCUUCUCGUAUGAGCGGGUCGCUGCGGUGGGCUUGGCCCCGGCUGCCAUCAAGUACAGCUUUCUUGAUAGUUUUCCUAGCUUGUUUUACGACUUUGCCAACUCGACGCGCUUCGUCUUGAAUUUGGAUACCGCGACCAGCUUGGAUCAGGUUUACGUGCGCCCCAGUGAGGGAUCUGAAUACUUGUUGUUGACUUUUGACAUCUUGUAUGUGCCUGCGGACCAGCUCGGUGAGAUCAGCGAGCCCGUCGCCGACGACGACGUCCAGGUCGAACUUCACAUCGAGGGCUACGAUGACGCGGGUCAAAACAAAAGCCUGACUGCUCUUCCACCGGACAUGGUCUUCCACAAUGCAGAAGCCACCGUUGAUCCUGCUUCGGGUGUGUUGAGAGUGUCGGCUACCUCACCCACCUUUCAACGGGGCUUCCGCUUUACCUCGAUGCAGCUCGUUCUCAACUACCCACAAGGGCGCCCUGGCGAGAACUCGCAGACGCUGGUGGCAUCAGCCAACUCUUUUGUAGGCGUGCGCGUGGUGUCACCACUGCACGAUGCUCCUACCGCUGUGACGCUCGACGACCGUCCACGCGUUCUAAUUGCUGAUGCCAUGCCGCCAUCCGUUGAGUUUUGCCCAGACGACAUCAACGUGACCGUCCCCUUUGACUCGAACGUCGCCAAUGUCACUUGGACCCGGCCCGUGUUCAAUGACCUGCGAGGGGUGGUGCGCUCUGGGGGGCCUGAUCAGGCAGCGAGCCUGUUUUCACUCCUGGCACCCGGUGCGAUGCCAUCAGAGGUGCUGUACUGGGCCGAGGAUUUGGCAGGAAAUCGAGCCGAGUGCCGCUUUAUCGUGCGAGUGCGCGAUACCACGGCGCCGACCGCUGUGCUUCGACCAGCCUUGGACCUCCAACUUCCUGCCAACGGCAGCACGGUGACUUUGCUGCCCACUGCCUGGCACCCGACGAACAUUGAUGACAACUCGGGUCGGGGUGUUGUUUUUCUGUCUCCGCCCGCGAAUGCCACCCUCACUUUUGGAGUCGGGGCCAAUCAAAGUCAGAGCUUGGUGUUGACCGAUGUGUAUGGCAACCAGCUCGUAGGCGAGCUUCGCGUGACCGUUGAGGAUGUCACCCCGCCCACUGUAGUUUGUCCAGCGCUCAACGAGGUGCUGAGCCGUGAGUCCGGUGCGGGUGCAAACGUUACCUUCGACGUGCGUGACCCUGUGGACAAUGAUGGCAUUGCCUGGUGGAACGUGUCGCGUGCCAGCGGCAGCUUUUUUGACGUGGGCACCACCGCUGUGGUGGUGCGAGCAGCAGACAAAUCGGGCAAUGUAGCCAAUUGCACGUUUGCUGUGUCGGUAGUGCGCUCGCCCAGCGGCGACAACAAUAGCACCGUGGUGACGGCCAGCGCCAAUGCCGCGAGCACGACCCUGCUUGCCGGGGCCGCGGCAG